AUGAAUAAAAAGGUUGAGGUGUCUGAUGCCCAACCACCAAUUGUUGUGGAUACUAGCCAACUUGUGGAGCAGAAAGAGGAAUUCCAACCAUUCGACCAGAAUAUUGUUGAUGAUGCCAAGGGGAGAUGCAUCAUUGAAAAUGUCCUUUUAACUCAAGAAAUAGUGGCUGACAUUAGGCUAAGGGAAAAACCAGCUAAUGUGGUGCUUAAGCUUGAUAUGGAAAAGGCAUAUGAUAGAGUUUCUUGGAUGUUUUUAGUGAGGGUAUCAAGAAAAAUGGGAUUUGCAGAAGUUUUCAUUGACAUGGUAUGGAGAUUGAUAGCAAACAACUGCACGAAGCAUUCGGUUGCCCAACUGGAACACGCCUUUGCUGAACCAACUAAGUUCGUUCAAAACACAUCUUCAGUCUACAAGAGGGAAUCUCAAAGACUCUCUUGGAUUAUGAAAGACAUCAAAGAUGUGAUUCAGCAAGGAGCAACACGCGUGUUGGUUCUUGGUAUUUACCCUCUAGGAUGCCUCCCAUUAUACCUCACCUCAUUCCCCAAUAACAAUACAAGUGCUUAUGACAAUUUGGGUUGCUUGAGAAACUACAACGACUUCGCUUCGUAUCACAAUCGAUACGUAAAUAGGGCUAUCGCAAACCUACAACGCUCAUUCCCAAAUGUUAGCAUUGUUUACGGGGAUUUCUAUGGCGCGAUUUUGACACUUAUACGUAGCCCUUCUUUGUACGGUUUUACCCAGAAUACGUUGUUAAGUGCAUGCUGUGGAACUGGAGGACGACAUAAUUUUAAAUUUGGGACAGUAUGUGGAGCUGCUGGAAUGAAGGCUUGUUCGAAUCCAACACAAUAUGUUCAUUGGGAUGGAAUUCAUUUGACAGAUGAAGCUCAUCGUCGUAUUACCGAUAUUCUUGAUAAAGACAUGUUGUCCAAAUUCAAUUGUGUUGUUUAA